AUGACCGAUACUGAGGAACUGAUUCAAAAUUCGGUAGGUUUUCUCCGCAAAAUCUUCAAAGCACUCCCAAUUUCCCUUUACUCUAUUGAAAAUGAACCACUUCCGUCUUCAAUGUUCCAUGAAAGUAUCCUCAAUUUUGAAUGGGAACCGCUCAAGAGCAAUUGUUCAGUAAUUCACGAUAGGGAUUCUUUGAUUGACAUAGUACUUAAAAGGUUUAUUAUAGAUUCCAUGACUAGUGCUAUUGAAGACGAAGAAGGAAAUAAUCUUGAAAAAGGGUUGCUAAAAUCGUGUAUAUGUCUCGAUUUUGUGUAUAACUCAAGAUCCAAUAGAAGUAAUCCAGCUAGCUGGGGAAACACCUUUUUUGAGUUGUUUUCCACGACCAUUGAUCUGCUGAACUCACCAUCUACGUUUUUGAAAUUUUGGCCCUAUGCUGAAUCGCGUAUCGAAUGGUUCAAAAUGAAUACAUCUAUUGAACCAGUAUCAUUAGGAGAGAGCAACUUAAUUAGUUACAAACAGCCUCUAUACGAAAAGUUGCGCCAUUGGAACGAUAUUUUGACCAAAUUAGAAAAUAAUGAUGUCCUUAAUACAGUCAAACAUUAUGGCAUGAAAUAUAAACUAGAGAACUUUUUAUCUGAGCUACUGCCUAUAAAUGAAGAAUCAAACUUCAAUAGAUCCGCUUCUAUUUCAGCUUUACAGGAAUCUGAUAGCAAAUGGGAAGGGUCACCAUCUGAACGAGAAAGCGGCCGUAAUUCCGAUGUUAUUUUUUCUGCGGAUUAUAAUUUCGUAUUUUAUCAUCUAAUCAUUCGUCCAAUCGAAUUUGCUUUCAGUGAUUUAGAAUACAAAAAUGAUGUUGAUAGAUCAUUAAGUCCACUUCUCGAUGCAAUUCUGGAAAUCGAAGAGAACUUUUAUAGCAAAAUCAAGAUGAACAAUAGGACUAGAUAUGCCUUAGAGGAAGCCCUGAAUAGAGAGUAUUAUACUAACUACGAUGUUAUGUCCCCUAAGUUACCUGUAUAUAUGAAGCAUUCAAAUGCAAUGAAGAUGGACAGAAAUGAAUUUUGGAAAGACCUACAGAAUAUUAAAGAAUCAGAAGACUUUAUUCUUCGGCCUACCAUUAUGGACAUCUCUUUGGGCAAUAAAACUAGUCUUUAUAGACAAUUCACUCAGGAGGAUGAUGAUUACUACCGCAAACAGUUUAUUUUACAGCUAUGUUUCACAACAAAUCUUAUACGCAAUUUAAUUUCUUCUGAUGAAACGAGAAAUUUUUACAAAAGCUGCUAUUUGAGGGAAAACCCUUUGAGCGAUAUUAAUUUUGAAAAUCUUGAUGAAGUUAAUAAAAAGCGUGGUCUCAAUAUAUGUUCAUAUAUCUGCGACAAUCGUGUUUUGAAAUUUUAUAAGAUCAAAGAUCCUGAUUUUUGUAACGUUAUCCGCAAGCUAAUGUCUUCUGACAAGAGGUUCGCAGCCGCCAAGAUUGAUGGUUUUAAAGAAUUCCAAAACUCCAGGAUAUCUAAGGAGAAGUUAUCGUCACCUACUUUUGACAAAACGUUUAAAAAGUUUACUUUUAUUAAGAUGGGAAAUAAGUUGAUCAAUAACGUCUGGAAAAUUCCUACUGGUCUAGACAAGAUUGAACGAGAAGUAAAGAAACCUGAAGGUGUUUAUGAAGCGGCCCAAGCGAAGUGGGAAUCAAAAGUUUCUUCCGAACCUUCUGGAGAAGAAGCCAAAGAUGAAAUAAUCAGGCAAUGGCAAACAUUAAGGUUCCUGAGAUCGCGAUACUUGUUUGAUUUCGAUAAAGUUAAUGAAAAUACCGGUGUUGAUGGUUUGUUUGAAAAAUUCAAAAAAACGGGAGCAUUGGAUGAUAGUUUUAAAGAGAAGCUUUUGCAUAAAAUUAAUCAGGAGCACAGGAAGAAACUUCAAGAUGCUAGGGAGUAUAGGAUUGGGAGGGAACGAAAAAAGAGAGCACUAGAAGAAGAGACGCCAUCUGAGAGAGAGCAAAAAAUGAAGUCGCAGCGUUUAGAUAAUGGUUUCCAAAAGGAAGGAGAUGAGAUGAAAAGCAGAGAGACACUGCCAGGGCAAGAAAUGUCAAAAGAUAAUACUAAAAUAACAGGCACAGGAGUUUCUUCGCAAGAUCCUGAUGAUGUAGUUGAUGGCGGGAAGUCUGCUUUACAGAGCACAACAGCUCAACUAGAAAAUCCAAAAGCAGAAGAUAGCAAUACAGCCUCUUUGGGCAAUCCUAACAGUUUUUCUGCUCAAAGCAUGAAAUAA